AUGCCUCUUUUCGUUCUCUCCGAGACGAGCGUAGGCUAUGCCUUGUUCAAGGCCAAGGACAAGAAGCUGCUCGACGACAGCGAGCUCGAUGCCCGUCUCCAGACCGCCGAACAGAUCAACAAUGAACUGAAGCUCAAGGAGAUUGUAAAAUGGGACAAUGCUGCCACUGGUCUUGAGGAAGUGGCCGGCUUGGUCGAGGGCAAGGUCACGCCCUUGCUGGCCCAGCUGCUUGAGUCCAUCAAGGAUGAGAAGAAGGCCUCGCUCGCCGUGUCCGAUGCCAAACUGGGUACCGCGAUCAACAAGCUUCCUCAAUUCAACAUCACCCCCGUCGCCGACUCCUCAACCCAAGAACUUUACCGUAACAUCCGAGCACAUAUCACCGACCUCAUCCCCGGCCUGCAAUCUGAAAACCUCCGAAGUCUCGCCCUUGGUCUGUCCCAUUCGCUGUCCCGACACAAGCUGCGAUUCUCGCCCGACAAGGUCGAUGUCAUGAUUGUCCAGGCCAUUUCUCUGCUUGACGACCUCGACAAGGAGCUCAACACUUAUGCGAUGAGGGUCAAGGAAUGGUACGGCUGGCACUUCCCCGAGCUGGGAAAGAUCCUGAACGACAACCUCGCCUACGCACGAGUCAUCCUUGCUGUUGGCAUGCGUACCAGCACGGCCACCACUGAUCUUUCCGAUAUUCUUCCCGAAGAGAUAGAGACUGCUGUCAAGGCCGCUGCGGAAGUCAGUAUGGGUACUGAGAUCAGUGAGGAGGACCUGAUGAACAUCACGAUGCUGGCGGACCACGUCGUCCGGUAUACCGAGGUCCGAGCACAGCUCUCAAGCUACCUCGAGUCCAGGAUGAAGGCCAUUGCCCCCAACUUGACAGAGCUCGUAGGAACUCUUGUCGGCGCACGUCUUAUCGCCCACGCCGGCUCACUGAUGAGCUUGGCCAAGAACCCCGGUUCAACCAUCCAGAUCCUUGGUGCUGAGAAGGCGCUGUUCCGUGCUCUCAAGACGAAGCAUGCCACACCCAAGUACGGUCUGAUUUACCACUCUUCACUGGUCGGUCAAGCCACAGGCAAGAACAAGGGCAAGAUCGCUCGUCAACUCGCUGCCAAGACUGCUCUGGGUAUCCGCGCGGACGCUCUCUCCGAGUGGGUUGAUGAGGAUGGCAACGAGGUCGAUGAGGACGAGCGAGCGUCGCUUGGUGUAUCUGCUCGCGCGAAGGUCGAGUCCAACCUGAGAAGGUUAGAAGGAAAGCCGUUGGUCGCGAAGGGCGUUUCAGUUGGCCCUAACGGACAGGCUGCCGCCCAACCGGCCAAGUGGGAUGUCAAGGAGGCUAAGAAGUACAACGCCGAUGCUGAUGGUCUCGAGGCCGAGUUUGCAUCAGUUGAGAUUACUGAAGAGGAGUCUGGUAAGAAGGAGAAGAAAGACAAAAAGGAUAAGAAGGAUAAGAAGUCGAAGAAAGACAAGCCUCUUGUCCAAGAGGUUUCAGACGACGAGAUGGCGGAUGCUCCUGCUCAGAACGGAGCUGAUGCCACCCCAGCCAAGUCUAAGGCACUGUCCGAAGCUGACUUCGAGAAAUAUGCCGAGGCCGCUGGCAUUUCAGUGUCCAAGUUCAAGCGCAAGUAUGAGCGCGGCGACGUCGAGCUCGCUGCGGACGGCACACCAAAGGUGCUGUCCAAGAAGGAGCUCAAGAAGCUCAAGAAGGCCGAGGAUAAGGCCGACUCUGACGAGUCACCUAAGAAGAAGCGCAAGGCCGACGCGGACGGAGAGGAGAAGCCCAAAAAGAAGAAGAAGAAGGCCGACGCAUAG